GCGCGGGGAGCGGCCAUGCUGCGCUGCGGAGGGCGCGGCGCCGCUGUGGUGCUGCGGUGGAUGGCAGCGGGUGGCCGCGCUGCGAGCGGCGGGCACGGGCAGCAACAGGAUCCGGGGAAGGGCCAGGGCUCAGGGCGGCCUCAGCCGCAGCCGCUGGAGCCGUCGCUGUUGAGCUUCCUGGUGUGCCCGCUCUCCAAGCGGCCGCUGAGGUACGAAGAAGCUACCAACGAGCUCAUUAACGAGGAACUAGGCAUUGCGUACCCCAUCAUCGAUGGCAUCCCCAACAUGAUCCCAGAGGCUGCCAGGAUGAUUCAGAAGAAGCCCCCAGCUGAGGGCUUGAAGCAGGCCUGA